CGCCGGGCCGUCGGGGAGGCCGGGCGGGCAGUGGGCCUGAGCGGGAAGGCCGCGCGCCGUCGGCGUCGGGGGCCGGGCGAGGCGCCUUUUCUCCGCCGCGGCCCCGCCCCCGCCGUUAACGCCCCGGCCCGGGGACCCCCGCCGCGGCCUCGCCCGAGGGCCGGGUGGCGGGAAGGGGCGCGGGAGGCCGGGCCGUGUGGGCGUCGCCGGGAUGCUGUGCGCGCCCUGAGGGCUCGGCCCCUCCGUGGCCGGCCCGCGGCCCAGACGGAAUCACCGGAAUCUGCCCGGGACCCCAGGGAAGCUCUGCGUCUCCGGCCCGCCCGAGCGCCCAGGAGGCCCGUCUCUGCUCCGGCUGAGCAGGCAGCGGGCGCGGUCUUAGGAUCCCCUAGGGGCUAUUGGUGGUCAAGGGGGAGCCAACGCUCUUUGAUAAUUUGUCGCCGUUGGUGCUCCCCUGGGCAUUGACUCGAUGACAGCACAGGAAGGACCUUUACCACCUGGUUAGCCCUGGGCCCCAGUGAGAGCACCUCAAGGAGAAGGGACGAUGGCUUCUUGUGGACUCUGACCUUGGUCCUGGCAAGGCCCCUGCUGCCAGGCGGGCCAAUCACAAGGCCACAGCGACAGGGACACAGUGCCACCCCCCAUCCACUGCGGUGCUCCCCCAGGCCAGUGGGUACGUGGCCAGCCAGCUGCCCAGUUGGACUUCUGUUGCCCCUUAGCCCUGGCCCAGCACCCUGUGACCUGCCGUGCUUGUCUGCUGGGGCCUGGUGCACCCAAGCUAUGACAUGGUUCAUUACGGCCACUCGAACCAGCUGCGUCAGGCGCGGGCCAUGGGUGAUUACCUGAUCGUGGGCGUGCACACUGACGAGGAGAUUGCCAAGCACAAGGGGCCCCCGGUGUUUACCCAGGAGGAGAGGUACAAGAUGGUGCAGGCCAUCAAGUGGGUGGACGAGGUGGUGGCAGCUGCCCCCUAUGUCACCACGCUGGGAACGCUGGACAAGUACAGCUGCGACUUCUGCGUCCACGGCAAUGACAUCACGCUGACUGUGGAUGGCCGUGACACCUACGAGGAAGUGAAGCAGGCAGGGAGGUACAGGGAGUGCCAGCGCACCCAGGGCGUGUCCACCACAGACCUGGUCGGCCGCAUGCUGCUGGUCACCAAGGCCCACCACAGCAGCCAGGAGAUGUCUUCUGAGUACCGGGAAUACGCAGACAGCUUCGGCAAGCCCCCUCACCCGACACCCGCCGGGGAGACACUUUCCUCAGAAGGCUCCUCCCAGGGCCCAGGGGGGCGGAACCCCUGGACAGGGGUGUCCCAGUUCCUGCAGACGUCCCAGAAAAUCAUCCAGUUUGCUUCUGGGAAGGAGCCCCAGCCGGGGGAGACCGUCAUCUAUGUGGCCGGUGCCUUCGACCUGUUCCACAUUGGGCACGUGGACUUCCUGGAGAAGGUGCACGGGCUGGCGGAGAGGCCCUACAUCAUCGCGGGCCUGCACUUUGACCAGGAGGUGAACCGCUACAAGGGGAAGAACUACCCCAUCAUGAACCUGCACGAGCGCACCCUGAGUGUGCUGGCCUGCCGGUACGUGUCAGAAGUGGUGAUCGGGGCGCCGUACGCCGUCACGGCAGAGCUCCUGGACCACUUCAAGGUGGAUCUGGUGUGUCACGGAAAGACAGAAAUUGUACCUGACAAAGACGGCUCUGACCCGUACCAGGAACCCAAGAGGAGAGGCAUCUUCUGUCACACGGACAGCGGCAGUGACCUCACCACAGACCUCAUCGUCCAGAGGAUCAUCAAGAACAGGUUGGAGUACGAAGCACGGAACCAGAAGAAGGAAGCCCAGGAGCUGGCCUUUCUGGAGGCCGCGAAGCGGCAGGACGGCACCCAGCAGGUGGAGGAGGACUGACUGCCACUUGGAGAGGCACUGAGGCCACUUUCCUUCCCUCGGCCGAGAGGUCUCUGGGGGUCCCACAGCCCAGGUGCCGCCCUCUCUAACUUGCCUGCCUCCAGAAGGCCCUGAACAGAGAGGGCGCCCAGCACAGCAGAGCAGCCCAGCCGGCAGCGGGAUAGAGUACCUGCGGCGGAGGGCAGGAAGGCCUUGCUUCCACCUGCUCCCGGGAUGGCCGCCUGCCUGGGUGGGGGCAGGAGGAGCUCCCUCGCCCUGCCUGGCACCCUCUGCCCUGGGUAUGUCCAGGGUGUCCUGGGGCCAGGAGGCCACUCCCUGCUGCCUUGCCAGCCCCACUGCCUCCUUAGGAGCCCUCUCUUCCCCGAGUCUCACUUCCCUCGCUGACCUCCUCACGGGAGCCUCUGAAUAAAGCCUGGGGAAAGCUCUGUCC